AUGUAUCCUUGGAGGAAAGUAUUAACAGCUGCAUUCAAAUGGCCUGUGAAAAAAUUACACACCUCGAAAAUUCUGGAAAAAGCUACAAUAUUAAAUGGUAAUAAAAUUGCUAAUGACAUUCACAAGGAAUUAAAAGUGAUUGUCGAUGUUUGGGUAAAAGAUGGUAAUAGAAAACCAAAUUUAGUGGCUAUAUUAGUUGGUAAUAAUCCAGCCAGUAAAGUAUACGUUCAAAGAAAAAUGAAAGUAGCAACUUUAAUUGGAAUUGAAAGUUCCACACUUCUUUUUGAGGAAAGUAUAACACAAAAAGAUCUGAUGAAAACAAUUGAUCAGCUAAAUAAAAAUGAAACUGUAAAUGGUAUUCUUGUACAACUGCCAUUACCAGAGCAUAUAAAUGAAUACGAAAUAUGUCAGAAAAUUGUACCACACAAAGAUGUGGAUGGAUUUCACUCUGAUAAUAUAGGUAGACUAUCAUUAAACAAUGAUACCCUCAUACCUGCGACUGCUUUAGGUGUAAUGGAAUUAAUACUUAGGAGUAAAAUAGACACUAUUGGGAAAAAUGCAGUGGUUGUAGGAAGAUCAAAACAUGUUGGUUUACCGAUUGCCUUACUUCUACAUACUAGAUGUCAAGACUGUUCAGCGAAAAUGAGUCGACCAAAAGUUUUAAUUACUCGCCCGGACAUCCCAAUUUCAGGAUUAAUUUUACUGCAGGAACAAUGUGACAUUAUCCAGUGGGAAAAGCCAGAACCAAUACCAAGAUCUGCAUUACUAUCAAAAAUACAAAAUGUUGAUGGAGUUUAUUGUUUACUGACAGACAAAAUAGAUGAUGAAGUCUUAAAUGCCGCUGGAUCACAAUUGAAAGUAGUUAGUACUAUGUCAGUUGGGGUUGAUCACCUAGAUUUAAAAGCUUUAAAAAACAGGAACAUCAAAGUCGGUUAUACACCUGGUAUCUUAACAGAUGCAACAGCAGAAUUAACUGUAGCAUUGCUAUUAGCUACAUCUAGACGAUUAAUUGAAGCAAACAGGGCUAUUUACAAGGGUGAAUGGAAAGCAUGGUCACCUACUUGGAUGUGUGGACCUAGAUUAUCUGGAUCUGUAGUUGGAAUAAUAGGACUAGGUCGUAUUGGCAGUCAAGUAGCAAAAAAUCUUAAAAGUUUCAACGUUGCCAAAAUAUUGUAUACGAGUAGAUGUGUUAAAGAAGAAGCAUCUGAAUUUGGGGGAGAAAAAGUAGAAUUUGACGAGUUACUGCAAAAAAGUGACUUUGUAAUUGUUACAACAGCCUUAACACCAGAAACAAGGCUAAUGUUUAACCAAAGUGCAUUUGAGAAAAUGAAAAAGUCUGCUAUAUUUAUUAAUGUUAGCAGAGGAGAAGUUGUUGAUCAAUUUGCCUUGAUAGAAGCUUUAAAAAAAGGCACAAUCAGAGGAGCUGGCUUAGAUGUUAUGACUCCAGAACCCAUUCCAUUAGAUAGUGAACUGUUAAAAUUGGAUAACUGUGUGAUACUGCCUCACAUUGGUAGUGCUGCCACAGAAACAAGGGAUGAGAUGUCAAUAAUCACUGCCAGAAAUAUUCUAGCAGUUCUAAAAGGAACACCAGACCAAAUGCCUGUUCCACUCGAAUUAUAAGUAUAAAUUAUGUAAAAUAC